AUUUUCGUUGUUUUUCCCCAAUUGAAAUGCUUAGCUGAAGCGGCAAAAGCGAGCGAACAGAGUGUGUGACUCUUCCGUUCUGUGUUGCAUUUCCGAAGUUGAAAUUGCUUUGGAAUACCAGUUUGUGUCCACAAUUCUCAGAAGCAGUAACUAUUUCAUCCGGCUUUCGCUUUCCUCCAUCAUCUUCCGCUAAGGUCGAAGACCGAGACUCUGCUGCAGAUUGUAAUCUUCACGAUGUUGCAAUGGAUGGGAGGUUCAAGGCGGAAAGUGACGACAUCAAGGAAGUCUACGCAAAAAAGGCAAAAGCAAUAUUUUGAACAGAGGAAACGCCAACAACAAAAUCUGCAGAUCAUGGGGUCAGAGAGCAGUUCUGAUGUGUUAGGUAUAAGUGGGCAGUACCUGAAGGAACAUCGGUCUCUGGACAUUCUCAAUUUGCUAAACUUGUCCACAAAUGCUCAGGAAUGUUAUUCUCCCUGUGUGAAAGGGAAUGCAGAUGCAGAGGUCAAUGUUUCUACAAUGCCAAGCAAUAUCUUGAAAAAUCAGCCAACAGUAUUUACCAGCAUGGAUACUCAUUUAGAAUCUUCUAGAAUUGAAGAAGCAAUUGUCGGAGAACCACUGGGCUGCCAGAUAGAUGCAUCUCAAGAGAAGGUUUUAGUAUGUGCUCCUAAUUAUCAGAAUGGUGGUCUCAAUAGGAUACCUUGUACAUCAACCAACUCAAAGACGAUGAAUGAUGAAUAUGUGGGAUUAUCUGUUAUUGAUUUGCUUUAUGAUGAUGGACCAAAAAUCAUUGUGGAAGAGCACCCUACCUUUGAAGACCAUGUUGCCUUUUCACUUGAAGGUUUGGGUAAAGUUGGAGCAGAAACACCCCCUCAUUCACCUCAACAACCAAACAGAAUCUCUUAUGGUUUCUCUCAAUUGCUGAAGGAUGAAAAGAAAAAGAAGUGGUCAAAGGCCAUUAACCAUGAACUGGAAGACCUUGAACUUGAAGUGGACCUGAUGAUGAAAGAUAUCAAUGGUGCCUCUAUCAGCAAUUUUUCAAACCUUCCAUAUAACAAGGGAAAGCAGGGCUUAGUUGCUUCUCAGGACUAUAACCAUUUUAAUGACCAAGCUAAUAAAAAUGGUUCUUUCAUCAGCCAAGAAUUCUUCUGCACCAGUGAGAUUAAAGAUGACAUUUGGAAUGCACCUAGUUCUAGCUUCUCUGAUGAGAAGUUUGACAAUGAGAGGGAGUACGAUACGUCAUGGAAGAAAAAGACAUUUCAAAGGGGUACUAGUUCCCCUGCUUCAUUGAAAAGUGGGGUCUGCAAGGCAAGAUAUGCAUUCGACAGUCACCUCCCAAAGAAAAGGUCUUUGGCAGCAGCGUUUGAUGGAUUUGAUACAAUAGAGUUGCCUGCUACAUAUUCAAAAUGCCAAUCAGAAAAUGAUUAUGACUUUUUUGUUGCUAGUGGGGCAAGCAGAUGUUGUAGAUCUGAUGCGAACUUCCAUGUACAAAGUUUAGUGCCGGAAGAUGUAAGGGACAAUUCAAGCUUGCUUAGUGAAGAAUCAUGCUCAUCCACUGCAGUGAGAAGUGAGGCAAUCACUUAUUCACCAUCAAGAUUAGCGACUGGGGAGACUAGUGAAGAACACAAAUAUACUUUUGGGAGCGCUGGAAAUGAGCGUAGAUCCAAUGAAGGCAAAUGCAGAAGCACGUCAAACUUAUCAAAGCAAAGGCCAUCUCAUUAUUCAAAUUCUAUUCUUGAGGAAGACAUAUGUGUUCAUAGUGGUUGGCAGUUUGAGAAAAGAUAUUCUCCAGUUAAUAUGAAUUCAGGUGACUCUUCAUUCUGUCAAAAUUUAGGGGCAAAGUUUGCAGCCCUUGGUUCGAAUAAUGGGAAUGAAGAUCCUUUUGGCAUUUUUUCUAUCCCUGAAUCACGUAAAAAGGCCAGUUCUUCCUUUAGUGGAUUAAAGAGUGGUGCACAUGCUUGUGAUUCUCCUCCUUGCUGUUUUACCUCUGCAAAGUUUGCGUUCGGUGAAUCACAUGUAUUCUCAGAUGUUCCAUCAUGGUCAGCUGGCCCUGAUUUUCCCCCAAAAUAUCAAUUAAAAGGCAAUCUAAAAAAUGUUUUUAGCUUCCAUUGCGGGACUCCAUCUCCUGAUUUACAUGAAAAUUCUGUCAGAGAUGAGGAUGUUGAACUGAAAAUGCAACAAGAUUGCCAUGGAAAUUCUGAAAUAAAAAAGGAAAUUUUCUUGGGGAAGAAUAGAUAUUUCUCAGAAAAGGAAAGAGCAGGAGUUACUUCAACUUCCAAUAACCAUACUCAAGAUUGUGGAGUUGAGAAGGACCCAAACCUGCUGAUAACACAGAGUCUGGAGACAACAAAAUCACUUGGCCAUGUGGAGGAGAUGUCAUCUUCAUUGAUCAAGAAACCGGACAAAAUUGAAACAGAAGUAGAUAAUACAAAGCACAACUGUGAUGCUGAAACCCCUCUCAAAUAUAAAAUUGCAAAUGAAGAUUUAUUUUUUGGGACAUGUCAUAUCAUCUAGCGAAGUUGUGAAGGACCCUGCUAGGAUACAAGUUGUGAUGGAAUGGCCUAGACCAAGUAAUGUAAUUGAAUUGUAUAGGUUAUUACUGAUGAUUUGUGCGUUACCACGGCCAACUUGCUUGACGACUCACUGGUCUCACCAAACAUGGGGCAUUUCAAUGGUCCUCUUGGGCUGAGCAAACUUUUCAGAAACUCAUAUGCACUCAUUAAUGCCACUAUUCUCCAUUUGCAAAACUUCAACAAGCCUUUCAUAGUGGAAUGUGAUGCUUCAUCAUUAGGAGUCCAAGAAAUUUUUAGCCAAGAAGCUCAUCCUAUUGUUUACUUGAAUAAAGGAUUCUCAUUCUGUAAUUGUAUCAAAUCUACCCAUGAUAGGGAAUUGCUGGCACUGGUGUUGUAACUCUUCAGAAAUGGCAUCAUUACCUUUGGGUUGCCAUUUUGGCAUCUAUAUUGAUCAUUACAAUCUUCAAUAUUUGAUGAACCAAUGAAUGUUGACCCCAGAGCAGCAACGGGUUAUAAUGAAGUUAUUACCUUUUGGUUUCACCUCAGACAGGAGUGGAUGUACUAACAGUGGUGUCGAUGCGUUGUCACAAUGGCCUCAACAUGCAGAUUUUUUGGCUUUAGCCAUUCCGCAUGGUGAACACUUUGAUGAUCUUGAGACUUGGUUUGAUUAGGACCCAUACUAGUACAACAUUAAAAAUUCUAUUUUACAAGAUCCGGUUGUCACUGAACAUUAUGCAUUGAUUAAUGGGAAGCUGUUUUAUGAUGGGCAUUUAGUCAUUCCAGACCAUCCUACUAUCAAAUCAAAGUUAAUGGCAAAUGCUCAUUCUUCCCUUACAAGUGGUCACAAAGGUUACCUACGAACUCUAAAAAGGUUACAAACCGAUUUCUUUUGGCCACAUAUGAAACGAGAUAUCAAGUUGCAUGUUCAAGAUUGUAAUGAGUGCCAAAUCUCUAAAUAUCAAACUUUCUCCAGUAGCACUGCUCCAACCCAUUCCUCCUCAACACCAUGUUAUGGGAAGAUAUUUCUGUGGACUUCAUUAUUGAAUUACCCAAGUCAGGUGGGAUUGACACCAUUUUUGUGGUGGCCAACCGUUUCAGUAAAUACAUACAUCUCGGCCUUUAUCACCCUUUUACUGCCAAAUCUGUAGCUGCUUUAUUUAGUCAAGAAGUGGUUUGGCUUCAUGGUAUCCACGCUUCAAUAAUUUCUGAUUGGGAUACAGUCUUGCUUAGCAUUUUUUAGUAGGAAUCUUCCGUCUGAGUCAUACACAACUUAGGAUGAGUACACCAUAUCAUUCACAGAGUGAUGGACAAACAAAAGUGGUAAAGCAAUAUGUGGAGACAUACUUAUACUACCUUGCUCACAAGCAGCCCAAAUUAUGGAGUAAGUACCUUCCUUGGGCUGUGUACUCUUUCAAUACGAGUUUCUGUACUGCUACAGGUUAUACUCCCUUUGAGAUUGUAUAUAGCUGUCUCCUUCCACUUGUCCUACCUUAUGUGUCUGGUGAAGCCAAGGUUGCCGAUUUAGAAACUCAACUAGAGGGAGAUGCUCUAUUACAACUAAUUUGGAAUAACCUCAUCAAAGCUCAAUCCAGAAUGAAUGCUUAGGUAGAUACACACAGAAGGGAUCUUAGUUUCAAUGAAGGGGAUUUUGUCUAUUUACUUAUCUAGCCUUAUCGCCAAUUCAGUUUAGCCCAUACCAGAUUGUUGUCACCAUGCUUCUUUGGCCCU